CUUGCAUUUGGAAAACAAAAAGAUAUUUCUAAAUUGUUAAUGAGUAGAUGAGCUGUCGCGCCAGGUUACGGAUUAGGUUACAUGGGUGAAGCUAAAUGACUGUUCACUUCCUCGUGCAGCCUAAUGACUGGUGCUGCGUUGACGCACCGAGGCGCCGUCCGUCGCGGAACCCCUCCGCCGCGUGGCCCUCGCCGAGCCUCCGCUGUUUAAAUGGGCCAAGUUGAGAAGCGGCGGAGAGUGCAAAUCUUGUUUGGUCUGGGUCUGUGAACUUCAGCGUGACUUCGACGACGCGCACGGGGGUUAAAAACAAGUCUUUUCAAAGUUUUAACAGACUUAAUGUUACUGAAGGACAUACAUUCGUGACGCAUUGGUUUCUGACUAAAGUCAUAAUAGUGUCUAAGGAGAAAUAUAGCAAGAUUUAAUUAUCAAUGACUUAUUUGUCUUUAUUGCCUGGGAAAUUGUAUGUUGGUCACGUGAACCUUCCCAUAACUGUAUUGAUGUUGUUUUAUUCAUAACCUAUUCGUCGCACAAUUUCGCCUCUACGUGGUAAAUAUUAAAGUCUCCGAGGUUUUCAUGUCCCUAAGGGCAAAAACGGAGACGACGCCAAACUGCGCCUGCUAAUGAUCAGUGUAGCGUAUAAUGUCCGGGCUCAGGGCUUCCCAGCAUGUCAGGUAUUAACAGAGCGAGCGCGAUUAAAUGUGGGAGGUAGGACCUGUGAGGCUGACGGAGAGCGCUGCCGCCGCUGCGAGCUGGAAACUACUGAAUGGGAAUCUAUCCGGCAACUUCACCAGACCGCGGUCUCACGGCGACACGGGGGCUCUGCGUAAAACCAAGCGGCGCGUCUCCAAGUCUGGGUCAGCCCCACUCGCAGACGGAGCGGACGCGCAAGUUGGAUCGGACGAGCAGCUCCUCACUUGUUACCGGCGCUCGUCCCUCGCGAACAUGCCUGCCAUCAAGAAGGAGCGGCUGGAUGGAGACGACAUGGCACUGACCGCCUUCAACCAGUCCGAAUACCUGGCCCCUUUAAAUGCCACCGCUAUCCCCGUGGUGACCCCGCAUCCGCCGCCCUACGACCACAUUUUCGCCCAUCACCGCGCGUACUUGGGGCUCCACGACUCGGCGCUGCAUCACCAGCACCUCCACCAUCACACGGACGACUUAAUGCUGGAGAGGUUCUCCUCCAUCCCCGACUUUCAGCCCUUCUUCGACAACGGCGAGCCGUGCAUCGAGGUGGAAUGCGGGGAAAACAAGGCUUUGCUUUAUAUCAAUAAACUGUGUCAGGGCAGUAAGGGGCCCUCGAUUAAAUACAGGGGCGAGUGGCUCACCCCCAACGAGUUCCAGUUUGUCAGUGGACGGGAGACGGCCAAGGACUGGAAACGGAGUAUCAGACACAAAGGGAAAAGUCUCAAGACGCUUAUGUCCAAAGGAAUCUUACAAGUGCACCCUCCGAUCUGCGAUUGUCCUGGUUGUCGAAUCUCAUCCCCAGUGAAUCGUGGGCGUUUGGCCGAGAAACGCACCAUCCCCCUCCCCCCCAACCGGGUUCCCAAGAAGGAGCUGGCCUCCAUCUUCAGCAGCGAUGACAGUGAGGGGAGCGAGCGGGCCAGUGCAGAUCAUGCCCACAUCAAGCAGGAGGAUGAGCUGCAUUACAGUAUCAUGAGAAAGAGUCGUGACAGUGACCUUUCUACAAUCAUCUCCAACCUUCACCACACCAGACAGCACGGCAUGCCCGAGGGCCAGUCCGCCUCUGACCACGGCACCAGUACCGGACACACAGAUGAGCUUCUGAGCAAGAAGAGGAGCUUCUCACCCAGCAACGUCAGCGAGUGUCCUUCUGACAGCAAGAAGUCCCGUAGCGUCUCCCCUAAAGAAAACCCCCAGAGCCCAGUGGUGGAGGCAGGCGUCAGCCACGGCCACAUGAGCCCUGAGGAACACUAUAGGCGCAUGAUGUCAGCGCUCAGCGAGCAGGGGUCCUUUGAGGAGCAGCAGCAGCGCCUCUACCAGUUGGCAACCAGCAUGGGCCUUCCUGGCCACGAGAUGCUGCGAGCUCGCCAGGAGGCGCUGGCUGCGGCGGUGAGGAACCCAGCGACCCUAGAAGCUCACCUGCCCUCAGCAGGCAGCUCGUCCUCAUCCAGCCAGAGACGUAAACAGGGUCUGCCACAGCACAGGGACGCACAUUACACUGAGAGAGACCUGACUCACCCUCCGCCACUACUGUCCCCUCCUACUGCUCCUCACAUUGCCUUAGGACCCCACCUGCGGCCUCCUUUUCUGGGCAUGCCCUCUGCGUUGUGCCAGGCCCCUGGUUAUGGUUUUCUUCAACCAGCUCAAGCUGAGAUCUUUGCUCGACAACAAGAGAUGCUAAGGAAGCAGAAUCUGGCCAGACUUGAGAUGUCAGCUGAGCUGCUGAGACAGAAGGAAUUGGAAAGUCUCCACCAACGGCAGCAGCAGCAGCAGCAGCAGCAGCGUCUCCUGGGCUCCGACCCUCUGGGAGGUCUUCCUCCGGGCCUGCCCGCUGACCAUCCAGCACUGCGGAGCCUCCACGACAUCCCAGAGGGCCACCCGCUCCGCGAGGAGCUGGCUCGGCGCUCCAACGCGAUGCUGGUGCUUCGUCACGGGGCGGUCACGCCCCUUAUAACCCUCAACCAUCAGCAACAAGCAGGGGCAUCCUCCACACCCAAAGACACCCAGGCACAGAGCUCCACUGCUGGGCCGGAUGCUGAGUCCCGGAAGCCUCCACAAAGGGCCCCCCAGACACAGCCCCGCACCGGGGAUCACACAAGAGGAAGAGCAGACAGGGGAAGGGAGGAAGGCCGGGAGCUGCAGGAUGAGGAGAUGAAGGACUCAGACAGUGAGACGGAGAUGUGUGAGGAGAGGCAGGAGGCCACCGUCCCCAAAUCAAACAGUAAACCAAGGGACAGGGAGCGAGACCGGGGGAAAGAGAGUGGCAGCAGCUCCAAGGAGACUGGAGAGAGCUCAGGGAGGCUGAGCGCCCCCUGUAGCUCAGCAGGCACAGAGUCACCCAGUCGCCACCUCUUCACCUCUGGACUGGGCAAGGCCGAUAUCAAGUACCACCUACCAGCUGGAUUCAUGCCGCCGCUGCCAGCCCUUCACACCCAGACGCUGCCCUUUGGGUUUCCCUACACCAACCCUUACUUCAAUGCAGGCUCCAUGGGAAGUUUCUUCAUGGACGGGGAGGAUUCUGCCACAGCAAACCCUGUGGAGGACAUCAGCAAGUGGAGUGUGGAGGAUGUGUGUGGCUUCAUAAGCAGCCUGGCCGGAUGUGCCGAAUACUCCCAGGUGUUUCGGGAGCAGGCCAUUGAUGGAGAGACAUUACCGCUGCUCACUGAGGAGCACCUGCUCAACACCAUGGGACUAAAGCUGGGGCCUGCGCUCAAGAUCCGCUCACAGGUGGCACGGCGCGUUGGCAGGCUUUUCUACAUGACUGGGUUCCCGCUAGCGUUCCCGUUUCCGCCUUCUGCUGCUCUGCGCCCCCCAGACCGAGACAGGGACGCCCUGACGACGCCAUCUGAUACCCCACUGCCCCUCUCCCUGUCGCUGCCUCACAGACCCACUUCCAGCAGCAGCUCCUCUCCCUACAGCGGUCCCACCCCAGGAUGCUCCUCGCCCAAGCAGGAAAAUGGCAACGGCUCCACAGUAGUGGGAAGGUACGAGGCCAAAUCUCCUUCGUAGGAGUGGCUCGGCAGGGGGCGAGGAAGGGGGUAAGCCUGAACAAGAGACUGACUCCUGCCACCUCGGGACAUUUAAGCAGAAAUAUCUGGGGAACUAUUGGACUGGAAUAGCAGACAACUGGACGGUAAUCCGGCAAACCAAUCAGCUCCUGACUCCUUCUGCAGUGGCUGUGCGGAAUCCAAAGAAAACGGGUUGGAAGGGAGACACGCGAACCAACAGAGAGAGAGAAAGAGGAGGAAAAGGAGACAGCUGGUCGCAGACAGGCUGCCAAAAAAAGGAGUGAAGCUCUGCCACAAAUGCGACAUUCUUGCAAGUCAGACGCUAGCGGAAACUCUUCCUUCCUUCCUGGGCUGGAGGAAGCUCUGCUCACUUACCCGCUUUCUCUUGUCUCGUUCUCUCUUUAACUCCUCUCACCACAUAGCCCAGGAAUUAAAAUGAGAAGCCUCCCCCCAGUUUUCGUUCCCUUUUUGCCUGCUCAGAGGCCAAACAGCAGAGUGGAGCUGUCUUUAGUAGCAGUAGUUAAGGUUUUUAACCGAGCAGCACCAGAUCAGACCAGCUCCCGCUCAUCACUGCAACUAUGCAUUCCACUGUCCCAAUACCAAAGAUGACCGGAUUUGUGGAAUUGGAAACAUGUUUCACAAUGUGUCUGCUUCUUUUUUGCAUUAAUUGUCCCAGUGAACUGAGACGGAGCUGAAACAUAGAGGCUUAAUAAUGUUGACGAAAUGGAGACGUCUGUAUAGUGUGUACGGCUUACGUCAUUGUAUGCUUGUGUUGACUACUGUGGGAGGUAGGGAAAACAUGCAAAAUUGUACAGAAUCACGCUUAAGAUGAAAAUAUCCUGAAGGUUACAUACGUGGUACUUUUACUUUUUGUUAAAUGUAGUUGCACGAAUAAGUUUUUCUUUACUGAAAAAUGUGACUUGCUAAACUUUGGUGGUACUUUGGUUCACUUGCUUUUGUUCUGCCAUUUUUUUUUAAGUGUAAUAUUAAGACGCACCAAUCUUGAAUGCUACUUCAGCAUAUAAAUGAGAAUAUUUAUAGGACUUUUGACGUAGUAGAUAAAGCAGAUUAUGAUAUGUAUUAUAAUUAGCUCUUAAGAUUGAUUCCAAAGAUACUUUUACUUGGUUUUCUCUUGGUUGCAGGGAAAAGAAAGGCACAAAGCUCUUAAUGCAAAUGUUUUGAAUUUGUUAUUGAUUUUUUUUAAAACUACGCAAGCAAUGAAUUAAAAAUGGUCUCUAGAUUUCCCUUCAAAAGUUUUGUCUUCAUCCUAUUUUUCUAUUCACCGCACAGGUGAAAUAAAUCCUAAAGAAAUUC